UUUAUCCACUAUAGAUGAAUUUUAUGUCUACUAUGGUUUCAUAAACAUAAAAUUAUCUAGAGGUAAAAUUAUCAAAAUAUAUGGUAUUUCUCAGGACUUCAGUCCAGUGGAAUGACUGAUACACAAACAUCAAUUAUAAUGCAGUGUAGUAAAUAAUAUAAAGGAGCAAUGUUUUCUUUUCAGUUCACAAAAACUAUUAUUUAGUAUGGCUGAGAAUAAAGUGCAUGUAAUAUUUUCUUGUAACUUUGGCUUAAGUUACAAGAAAUAAGAUUGUCUCACCCAUAUUGUGGGUGCUAAGGACAAAUGCAGAAAAAAAAAAAGAAUAAAGCUUCCUGUUGGUUAUUAUGAAACCUUGCACAAGUAGUUUUUCUACGGAGGCACAGUUUCUGAUUCUGUGCCAGCUUACCAGGUCCUGCUUCCUCAGACUUACACAGACUAAUUCAUAGCACAAGGAAUUCCCUCCUCAUUUCAGUUUUUUCCUAUAUAAAGAUGGAUGAAGAACCCAUAAUUUAUAGUAUUACUACUCUAAACCAGGAUUUUCAGCAGAGGCAUACACCAAAAAAUAUUAAGCAUAAAUUGGAUCCAAAUGAAUUGCCAUUAACCAAGAAGAAGCUGAAACACCAGAAGCCUUGUAAAAGACAGCUCAAAAAUAUAGCAGAAGAUGUCAAUGAUGAAGGAGAUGUCUUGCCUCUUCCAUGGAGACUCAUUUCUAGCAUGCUGGGUGUCUUGUGCCUUCUCCUAAUGGCCACGGCCAUUGUGGUAGCUGUUGUUACUGCAAACUCGUCUUCCAAAAAACCACCUCUCAAAAUCCAGCAGAAAGAGAACCUGUGUCUUGGACCUCAGUGUCAUUCUUGUCCAGAGAAUUGGAUUUGGUUCAGGUGUAGCUGUUACUACUUUUCCAAGGAAGAGCUAACUUGGAGAGAGAGUCAAAGUGCCUGUUCAUCUCUAAAUUCCAGUCUCAUCAAGAUAAACAAGGAGGAGAUGCAUUUCUUUUCCUUAAAAUCUUUCUUUUGGAUUGGAGUCUACUAUAAUGAAACUGGCAGGCACUGGCUGUGGGAAAAUGAUUCACUUCUGCCUUCUGAUAUGUUUUCUCUUUCUACACCUACAUUAAGACAAAACUGUCUAUCUUACAAAUCGAGAGAAGUUUAUUUAAGUGAAAGCUGUGGAAUUAAACAGACUUACAUUUGUAAGAAUCACAUUAUUUUUUGAUACAUAUAUGUGGAAUCUAGAAAAAUGGUCCAGAUGAACCUACUUGCAAAACCUAUUAUCAAACCUAGAGACACAGAUGUAGAGAACAAACCUGUGGACCCCAAGAUGGGUGGAAAAGGGGAGUGGGAUGGACUGGGAGAUUGGGAUUGACCUAUAUACACUACCAUGUAUAAUAUAGAUAACUAAUGAGAACCUACUAUCUAGCACAGGGAACUCAGUGCUCUCUGGUGACCUAUAGUUGUAAAGCAGUUAUGCUCCAAUAAGAAUUAAAAAAUGGAAUCACCUUAUUUAUUCUGUAAAUUCACAGAAAAGAUGAGCAUUACUCUUAUCUAAUUCUACACCUUGAUAGAAUCGCCAAUGGUUACUUUCUUGGUCUAUAGAGAAAAUAUGUAAAUAAACACCUCUAGUAAAAAUGGAAUGGUCUCAAAAUAUACUGCAAUGCUAUUUUAUAAAUGUACUAUAAUUUUGUUGAGUGGGUAUACUUUGAUUUAGAUGACUUUUCAUGAAAUAACACUGUGAUAAUACUUAGAAUAUAUAUGCCAAUGCACUUUAGGAGACAUUGCCUUAAAUAUUUUCUGAAUUACACCAUGAGAUAAGUUAACGAGACAAGGUUAGACUGUGUUGGACAUUAAACAGUUGUCUUAUGUAAACUUACACUAUUGUCACUGAUAUAUGUAUUGCUUUUUUUGUCUAUAAAAUUGUCAAAGUAUAUUGUUAAGUGAUAGAACACAGAACCAGAUGUAGAGAUUAGUAUAACUGCACAAGAAAUAGAAUUGUUCCAUAAUUUUUUCAAAAUUAGUUUUCAGCUUGAUUACUACCCAAAAGUCCAAUUUAUUUUGUAACAUGGUGACUCUGAGAUAGCUGAUUAGACCCAUAGGUGACAAUGUGGUUUAAAAGGAUUUUGCUUUAAAGUCUCAAUUGUGAAAUGUUCAUUCCUUUAAGUUGUUCUGUUGCAUAGUAUUUUUAAAAAAUCAAAAAUAAACAAUUAGUAUUUAUUUCCUUUUAAUUGUAUCAAAGCCUUUAGAAUUAUUAAAACAAUAGUGAUGACAAGCUGUGGUUCAUCUUCUCUAGGUCUUAAAACCUUCUAUACCUUUUACACAUACAGAUACAAUAAGCUCCUUUUUAUGUUUAUUUAAUAAGAUUUGGUCUAAAAUUAUAUGCAAAGAGCAAAAGUUAUGCUUUACCAAAGUUCUUAUUUCACUAGAGCAGAAGCUACAUGAUAAUGACAGAAGAAUUAGAUAUAAUCGUCUCUUGAUAUUUACAGGAGAUUACUUCCAGGAUCCUUGGUGGGUGCCAAACUGUGUAGAUGUGUCAAAGUCCUUAUAUAAAAUAUUUGCAUAUAUUUUACAAUAUUUGUAUAAAUGUAUGGCUUAUGUACAAAAAAUAACCUUGGUGUAUUAUUUACAUAUAACAGAUGUACAUAUAAGUCAUCUCUAGGUUAUUUAUACCAAAUACAAUGUAAAUACUAUGUAAGUUGUUGUCAGAACAAUGUAAGUGCUAUGUAGAUAGUUGCCUGGGUGUGGCAAAUUCAAGAUUUGCUUUUCAGAAAUUUCUAGAUUUUAAAAAAUAUUUUCAAUUAAUGUUUAGUUGAAUUGGAAGAUGCAAAACCCACGGGUGCAGAGGUCCAACUGUGCUGUAUUUGUUCUUAGUUCAAGCAUUUCCAUUGAUGAAAAUAAUCAAUAAACAAUCUCUAGUAGGAGCAGAAAAAGAGCUUUAUUUGAGGCAAACUGAGGACUAUAAUUUGGAAGACAGACUCUCCAAUAACUUCUCUGGAGAAGCAGGAUUUUCAGCAUUGUUUCAUAUCUUGUUAGAACAAAGAACAACAAGCAAGUCAGGGAUACAUUCCUUCAAAGUGGAAGUGAAGUCGCUUAGUCGUGUC